AUGCCGUCAACAGAGAAGUGUGAAGUGGGAUUUACUCACGGGUACUGCAAUCAUAUCCGCAAAUUGGGAAUCCACGUAGUCGCAAAUCAUAUGGAAGCGUCGCGCUCCGUGCCGCUGACUGUAAAUGAAAACUCCUUGAAGCAACUGAGUUCAAUUCUAGAAACUCUGCAACAGAAACAACCCAUACGGCCAACCACUUUGCCCUUUUAUCUGCGAUCGAAAGACGAGAAAGAAGUAAAGGCUGGAAAAUUUACGCUUGUUAAAAUACAGUUGAAAGAAAGGGAUUUACGACAAGCAAUACUUUCUAUUUUGAAAACAUGCGAUUUACCCACGACGUUCGUCGAUAAAAUCGAGGAACAGAAGCCAUCUGUCACGAAGCACAAAUCCAGGUUUUGGCAACGCGCAUAUUCUGGAGAAAGGAUAGACUUUUCAGAAUUGGAGGAUGAUCCGAUUUACGCGUCGAUUAUUAUGAAACGCAAGAUCAACGCAGAACCAGAUACAUUAAAGCCAUAUUUGGAUAAACACAUUAAUGAAGUACAUGUUAAAUUGGAAGCAUGUAGACCAAUGAGAGAGGAAGUGGAAAAAUUGGAGAAGGUACUAUGCAGCGAAUUGGGUCUGAAGGAUAUCAUAUGGGACUGUGGUUGGAAUAUCGCUCACUAUCGCGGCUGUUUAUUAGCCUUUCAAGCCUUAGCCGAGCAUCAUCCGGAAUCGAUGGAGGUGUUGAAGAAUCGUACUCUUGUAUUUGCGAAUGACACCGGUAUUAGUUUAGAAGGCAAUGUUAUGUUAAAUUCCGGAGAAGUCAGACACAAUUGGCUUGACUUAAUAAAAAACGUAAGAAAACAUGAUGCUGUGUUGUUGAAAUUGCCGGCGUUUGAGAAGACAGUGUCCCAAGUACUCCUCAAUAUUAAAGUCGGUCGACGGAAAUUCAUGCCUAAGGUAAUGGUCGGCCAGUAUGAGCGACAGCUGCGACAACUCACGACUAUGCUCUCGGAUUAUCGUGGUAAAAGAAAAUAUCCGAGUUCUUGGCCGGCCGAUCUGUCAGCUUACGAAAUUGUCAUCGAAGCUGAAGCAGGUCCUUUAAUGCUAUCGCCAACCGGACAAUUCAUCGUGCCAUCGUCGUGUCCGAGCUUCCUCUUGGUGAAUUUUAUUACCGAGAAUUUAGAGGAAGCUACGAAAAGAUUACAUCACUAUAAUAAUAUAAAGCACGUCGAGCGAGAACUUCAUCGUAAAACAAUCAAGGAAUUAGGUUUAGCUGCUCUCAACAAGGAUGACAGCAUUACACCAGAUUUAAUGAUACAAUGCUGCGAACGACUGCUUCUUCAUAAGAAAGAUCUAGCACCAUCGCUCGAGGGCGUCAUGCUUUGGGUUACUCAUUAUUAUUCUGUUAUGAGCGAUGGUGUUCUCUGUGUGCCAUGGGAUUGGAGGUUCUAACUUUCAACAAAAAUAAUAUAUGUUAGUGGUUAUUAUUUAAGCCAGUAGCAUAAGCGCAUCGCCAAUAAUCACGACAAAUGCAAAUAUUUUAUGAAUCCUGAGAUUUGCAAGUUACAAGUAGUAGUGGCAAUUUAGAACUAAUUAUCUAAAUGUAAAGCUACUACCGUAGAUUAUAUAACAGCCAUUAUAACUUUAUUUCAAUAAUUGCCAUGUGUCAUGCAGAUUGGAUGUUAUCAAUUUUUGAAAACAGUAACGAAUUUAUCGUUACUGUUAAUGACGAUUCUAAUUUCGUGAGAAUAACAAAAGCAUUUCGAGGAUGACUGUUCCAUGCGUGAUUUUUUUUUAAGAAAAUAAGAUAAAACAAUUGGAUAGAUAAAUGUAAACUAGAGCUCUAUAGAUUCUUAAUAACAAAAAGAUUACUAGUCUUGCGUAAGUUUUUAAGUCGGUAUUCAUAAUCUUAUUUUCAUAAGAUCAUCUUAAGUGAUACGAUUUUAAAUAUAAAAAUCGACUAUAAAUACCGAUCUUAGUUUAGCUUAAGAUAUUCGAUUACUAUAUGCUGUAGACAUGGACAAAUUGUACACAUAUAUUUUUUAAUUCAAUUCUAUACCGAUUCAAUUGUAAUGUGCAAUCUACAAUUACGUCCCAUUGAUGACGCAAUUAAAUCAUAUUUCGCAAUAAU